AUGCUCCUUACUCUAGACAUGGGCUUGGUAGGUGGGCCGAGUUACAUUGGCAACGCUCACAACCGCCUUGGCAAGGCUAAGUACUGCGUACAAUCCAAGCGCUGUGGUUACCGCUACUCUUUAAUCUGUGCGGCCGAACAAAUUCCGCGAGUCGAUCUAGAAGCUGACCCUCCUCCCACGUGUUUGCUGGCCACUGACAGUGAAUGUUGUUUAGUGGAGUUGAGAGUGCUUAGUGGCAAAAAAGUGCCCUUGCUUAUGGCCGGAGAGUGUUGCGUCAGUUAUAGUUUUCAUAACUGCAGAUGCGCGUCCUUUGGGCGGCUCCUUACAGCGGCUCCCUGCUGUAGCACGAUAAUUGUGGUUUUGCAGUUUUGCGUGAUUAAGGCGCAGAGCACAGUUGACGUCGGUGUAGGGACAAUUUCUCGCGCCCUAGCUGUCCAUGCGGCAUCAAUCAAGCAAUGCCAAACCUCAAACCCGCUAAGUCCAAGUCUUGACUUGUGGGCGCAGCGGAGGCAGCCCUUCGACUGGUGGCACUUUUGCGCCACUGGCACCCAUGCUUCUAGAUUCCGGCCACCGGGUGUUUCAUCGCGUGUUGACGUUUCGCUCUAG